UCUACAACUGCUCCACCCUCUGCUUCCAAGACCAUGCUCUACCCACGACCUUACGCUGACCCCUACGAUUCAAGGAAGUAUUUUGCCACAAGGCCCGGCGCAUUUGAUCAAGCCAUGGAUGACCUGAAGGCCCAUGUGAUGUCAAAUAUGGGAGAGACUGCCCACAGCUUCUGGCUUCUGGCUGAACGGCUCUGGGAGUUUUUCCAGCUGAUAGUACUGGCGCUCCUGUCGAGGCCUUGGUCGAACUGUGGAAUACGGAGAUGGCCCGGGGUAUUGACACGAUUGCUCCCGCGCGCCCUCUUCGAUGCAGAGCUCAUACAGCUCCGUGGUAUAUCCCGGAGCUGAGAGUGAUGAAGCAAGAGAGAAGGAGGCUGGAGUGCAGAUGGAGACGAACUCCAGACGGAUGCAAUUAUGCUUUGCUCUAAAAAAGGCAGAGAGCAGCAGUGAAGAUUCAAGUGAUAAUUCUGACUCUGAAGAAGAAGAAACAAAUGCAAUAACGCUCCGGGUAACUCCAUCCACAGCAGGAGUGGGGGCACAGGCUAGAUGCAGCCCAUGGUGCUUUUCAAUCCAUCCUACUCUCCUCAUCCCACUCCCCUGUGCCACAGUUGCAGAAAAGAAGGGGAGUAAGAAGGCAGCCGAAAUGGAGGCGCUGCCGGCUCCUUCUUCUCCUGGUCCUCGUGUGCAGUGUUCCUCGCGCCGCUGGAUGGCUGAGUUGCUCGGCCACUGCACGCCUUUUGUAUGCAAGCUCGGGGAUGGACAGUCGGUGGAGGCCGAGAGCUUGGAACAAGCUCUUGGCGAAGCACUAUGGAAUUUUGAAACAGCUGUUCAAGAGAACAUCACUGUUAAUGGACAACCAUGGCAGGAGUCAUCAGAUGAUCUUCAAAAUGAUACGGAUAUCAAACUCCUUGAAGAUCAGCUUGAUGAGUUAAUAGUUGAGGUGGCUUCCAAACGUAAUCAGUAUCCCAGAAAAAUACAAGUGCAUGUGUUUAAAGCCAUUAAAGCAAAGCAAGAAUUCUUGGGCUGCUAUCAACAUCUUGUGAAUCCUCAAGAGAUGAAAGUAGAACCAUCUCAAGAUUCUCGUAUGGCCGACCUGAAGCUUUCAGCAAAAACUGCAUCCAAAAACAUUGGAGAGUCAUUUAAAGCUCUAUCAUCCCUUGUAGAAAAAGCAGAAGGUUUCUCAAAAACACUGUCUAUGCAACCAACGUUGGAAUUGUGCAAACUCCAUCAAGAAAUCUCUUCUGACUCAGAGGUGAAAAAGGAGAAUAAAAUUGAAGUGAAAAAUCUUGUGUCACGAGUGGAAAUUACACCCCCAGAAAUUGCUACCAGUAAUUCUCUUCUACUGAAAAUAAAGAGACGAUCAUAAUCCCCACAGAAACACUACCCACUUCAAUAAAAGAGUCUCCAAACCAUGGCUUUGGAGGCUCAGCAGUGUGAUGUCUGAAUGUAGCAAAAAUGUAAAUUUAUCCCAAAACAUCAAUAUUUAACAUGAACGUUUCAUAGUACAAGGCCAGAGUGCAUUACUGUUCUUAAAGCAGCCAGUUCAAAAUUAAACACUUGGAUUCUGUAGUUCUGUUUGAUGGUAGUUCUAGCUAUGUCUAUAUUUAUUUAUUUAUUUAUUUAUUUAAGAAGUUUAUAUCCCGCUUCAGUUCCAAGGAAUUCUAAGCGGCAAAAACAAUAACAAAAGAAUAAACAGAUUAUACAAUAUAACAAUAUAGAAAAACAAUUAUCUCUCACAUUAUACUUCAAAAGCUAGCCGAAAUAAAAAGGUCUUAACUUGACGACGAAAACUAAUCAAGGACGGGGAAAAACAAAUUUCCUGCGGGAGAGAAUUCCAAAGAGUUAGAGCUACCACCGAAAAAGAUUUAUUCCUAAUGCCAGUCCGAUGAAUUUGAGAAAAGGAAGGAAUAUUAAGGCCAGGGUCUGAUGAUGAUCUUAGGGGAUGAGCAGGUUCAUAAAAAGAGAUAUUUAAUUUUAAAAAUGUUUAUUGUGUUGGAUUGUUGCUUGUAUUUUAGUAUUGUUUUGUUAUUUAUUGUAUUUUUAUGCUGUUUUAUGUUCACCGCCCAGAGAGCUAUUGCUAGUCGGGCGGUAUAUAAAUUUAAUAAAUAAAUAAAUAAAUAAAUAUGAUUUGAUAGAUAACUAGGGCCUGAGCCAGAUAGCGCUCUAAAUGUUAACAUCAAAAUUUUAAACUGAAUUCGAUAAGAAAUUGGGAGCCAGUGUAGUUGUUUUAGGAGUGGGGUAGUGUGGGCUCACCAAUUCGCUCCUGUUAACAUCCUGGCAGCUGCUCUUUGGACUAGUUUCAGUUGAUGGAGUGUUUUAAGAGGAAGUUUUAAGAGGAAGUGUAAGAACAUAAGAACAUAAGAAGAGCCUGCUGGAUCAGGCCAGUGGCCCAUCUAGUCCAGCAUCCUGUUCUCACAGUGGCCAACCAGG